GGCAUAGAGAACGCGCGGACGCGGUGAGAGCUGGAAGUGGCUGAGGGGAGUGGAUCUUGUCAGUCAGUGCGGAACUAACCCGGCGGACAUAAAACCAGCCUUUUGUCGCUUUGGAAGAUCGCUAACUGUCAGAUCUGGAACACACUCUAAACACAACCAUGUCAUAUGAUGAAUCAGUUGUGAUUGAAGCACCCAGUGAUAGCUUUUGGGAGGUUGGAAAUUAUAAGCGUACUGUAAAGCGCUUCGAUGAUGGCCAUAAACUCUGUAAUGACCUCAUGACUUGCCUCCAUGAACGUGCUCGGAUAGAGAAGAGUUAUGCACAACAACUUUCAGAAUGGGCCAAAAAGUGGAAGCAGCUGUUAGAGAAAGGACCACAGUAUGGAACUUUAGAGAAAGCAUGGGUGGCAUUAACGAAUGAAGCAGAAAAGGUCAGUGAGUUGCACCUAGAGGUCAAGUGUGCAUUGAUGAAUGAAGACUUUGAAAAAGUCAAGAACUGGCAGAAGGAAGCAUACCACAAGCAAAUGAUGGCAAACUUCAAAGAAACAAAGGAGGCAGAGGAUGGAUUCCGUAAAGCACAAAAACCUUGGGCCAAAAAAUUGAAGGAGGUGGAAGCUGCCAAGAAGGCCUAUCAUGUAGCUUGUAAAGAAGAGAAAAUAGCAAUAUCCAGAGAAUCAAACUGCAAGGCUGAUCCAAAUGCAAAUCCGGAACAACUGAAGAAAGUGCAGGAUAAAGUAGAGAAGUCUAAGCAGGAUGUUCAAAAGACAAAGGAAAAGUAUGAGAAAAAUCUAGAGGAAUUGAACAAGACCACACCACAAUAUAUUGAAAACAUGGAACAAGUUUUUGAACAGUGUCAGCAAUUUGAAAAAAAACGACUAGAUUUUUUUCAAGAGAUUCUUUUGGAGGUGAAGCAACAUCUUGACCUUUCUACGACCAGUUAUAACACUAUAUAUGAAGAACUGGAACAGUCUGUUAAGUCAGCAGAUGCCAAGGAAGAUCUUAAAUGGUUCAGAUGUACACAUGGUCCAGGAAUGCCCAUGAACUGGCCACAAUUUGAGGAAUGGUGUGCAGAUCUCAAUCGUACACUUAGUAGGAGGGAGAAACCUAAGAAGACCGGGGAUGGCGUGACAUUAACUAGUAUCAGUCAGACAGGUGAUCAAGCAUCCCAGUCUUCCAAAGCUAACAGUCUUAGUGUCCGGAGUACCACUAACUCGAUACGUUCCAGUUGCAAUCCAUUUGAGGAAGAGGAGAAUGGCAAACCUGUCAAUGAGAAGGAGAACACAUUAACCAAAAAUGUUAGCAGCUAUGAGAAGAGCCAGAAUUACACCACAGAAUGGUCAGAUGAUGAGACCAACAAUCCCUUCAACUGCAAUGAAACAAAUGGUGACAAUCCUUUUGAAGAAGACCAUUCAGGCUCAGAAGUCAAAGUGCGAGCAUUGUAUGAUUAUGAGGGGCAAGAGCAUGAUGAGCUUAGUUUCAAAGCUGGUGAUGAACUGACAAAGAUAGAAGAUGAAGAUGAGCAGGGCUGGUGUAAGGGCAGGCUGGAGAAUGGACAAGUUGGCUUGUACCCUGCCAAUUAUGUUGAAGUGAUCCUGUGAUGUGAAAUGAACCCAAAGAAAUGCUAUUUUUCAUAUUUCAAUGUGCUGUUACAUCAACUUAAGAUGAUGAUUUAAUGUAGAGAAUGUACAUAUUCAUUACGUUGGGCAAAAUGGUUACUUCUGGUAAUGCUUUGCUUUGAUAAGAUGAAUUUAGUCUUUGGAGUGAAGAAUGUGCAUUCUAGUAUACUCCUGUCUUGCAUUUUGAAGUUCUUAACUGAAGCUUCAAUGAUUACUGUGACAUCAGUUUUAAAUACUAUCUACAGUAAAUAGCUACAGCAGCUUCAGUUUGCAUAGAGAAAAGGAUUGUAGAAUUUGAUUUGAUAACUUGCCUUGUAAGUGCUGAAUACUAAUUUUAAAUGUUUGUCUUCGACUUAUCGCAGUCUUCAUAUGUUAUUUAAGUAAUGUCCCCAAUAUUUAUCAUUUUUUAAAGCAAAUGGCAUAUUUGUUGCCAGUUUUAAAAAUUUAUUUCAAAGGUGAAACUCCCAAUAUUUACCUAUCAGUUAGCCAUUUCGCAUUCAACAUUCUUGUAGUUUUUGUCCUUUCUUUUACAUACAUGAAGUAUAGAUAAGGAAAAUGACAUCAUGCCAUGCUUUAACUUCUUAACUUCAAAUCUGUUCAAUCAUUUCUAUGCAAGACUAUGUGCUACUUUGCUGUGCUUCAAAAACUUUGUAGCCAAUGCAUGUAAUUAGCAUGUCAGUGAAACACUGGGAUGUUUUUAGUUAAAUACUACAAUUGUCUGUUUCUUUAAUGUCCCUUUCAAUAGAAAUAUCAAGUACAGCAUUAAAAUGCAACCGUUCUAUAUUCUUAA